AAAAAUAUCUUCGUAAUUUUAAACUGUGAUUUGUGUACGUGUGAUGACCACAAAGUGCGUGGACUUUGGAGUCAGUUUUCACUGCUGCCAGUGGGAUAAGAAUCUAAUGUAUCCACACUGAGGACUGCGUACGAGGAACAGUAGAGAGUUGAGGCAAAUGAACCCUUUUCUGCUUCCCCUCUUUCCCUCCACACUCCCUCUGUCAUGUAUGAGUCAGAGACACAUGGACAGGUAGGAAUUCUUCCCUAGCUGCGCACGUCUCGCGCUGUCCACGCUCCUUACCUCAAACCGUCACCACCCCAUGCACGUGUGUCCUGUGGGAGGUUCCCCUUACCUCCCCUGCGUUAAACACUCCUUAAAAUGUAACGUUAUCAUAAACAGUCCGACUCUGAGGGGGGGCAUAAUCACCUCUCUCGGGCUUUAUCGAGACUUCUUAUUGGACGUCAACACGCGACCAGUGCGAGGAGGGGGGCUCCCAGGCGCGUGCCGCUUUUUAAACCGACGCGGCGUCUUGAGACACCAGAGAAGGAGUCCCGCACGCGACAGUCAUAUUCACACACUGCGACAGCAAAGCAGUGCGUGCGUCCAAGACCUCUUUUUUCCUAAUAUUGCCAGUAGGUUAAACUCUACCUACCUUUUGGGUUUUACUGGAAACAUGGAUGCCCGAGGUGUGGAAGACUGGAGCAAAGGCGCACGAGAGGUGGCAGUCCUCGACUCGCGGCAGCAGAGCCCGAGAGUGCUGGAGAGGGGAGGGGAGCAGCAGCUUGAGGAGUCCCGCUACGAACCUGGACUGACGCUCGUGGACAGCGGCAGUGACCCACGCGCCUGGCUGGCUCUGGUGCAGCCUUCUGGCACCUGCGCAGCACACGCCACUUCACCCGACUACCUGCGACACUCGCCCUGCCCGAGUACCGGCUCUUAUCACGAGAGCGGCUCUCCGGAGUCCUUGGGCCACCCCAGCCCUCCCAGCUACAGAAGAACUGCCAAGAGCCCCUCCUCUUCUUCGCUCAAAGUCAGGGACCUGUGUCGUCUCAAAGGCACGGUCAGCGGGCCCGAAGCGGACUCAUCCACGAGGCAUAGAGCCCCGUCGAGCAAACCGACCAACGGCAUCCAGAAGCAGAGGCGCGUGGCAGCCAAUGCGCGCGAGAGAAGGCGGAUGCACGGACUUAACCACGCGUUUGACGAGCUGCGCAGCGUCAUCCCGGCGUUUGACAACGACAAGAAGCUCUCCAAGUAUGAAACUUUGCAGAUGGCGCAGAUUUACAUCAACGCUCUGGCCGAGCUGCUCCAAGGUCCGGUCUCCUCCAGCAAUAACGACGUCUCGCACAAUAACAACAACUCGCCAAAGUGUGGCAUUAUGCUGUCGACCGCCGUUGGUUUGGACGAGGACAAGGACAGGACUUCUCCGUCCCCUACAUCCUGUAGGACAGCGGCGACGGUGCCUGUCACCGGAAGCAGCUUACCUGUCCACAUCGGCGGUAUACCUUUCCGCUCCACCUUCGACGACGGUUCGUUUUCCACUAUGGUUGAAGAAGCGAUGUGUUCGUCCUCUCCGUCGUCCUCGGCUCGGGCAGGCAGUUCACUGGCAGCGGUCGGAGCUGGGAGGAAGGAGUCUCCCCGGAGCGACGGAGAGUUUUCCCCACACUCCCACUUCAGUGACUCGGAUGAAAUAGCGAUGGAACUGCACUCAAGCGAAGAAGAUGACCUUUCAGAACUGAAGCUACGCAGCCACCAUCACCACACCGUUUCUUUCUGAAUGAUUAAGAAUAAAGACAACGGACUUCAUUAAAG